ACUGUUUUUUCAGGGGAAACUGCUGUAGCCCUGAGAACCGGAAACAUCCGUUUUCACCACCCCGCGGAGAGUGGAACACUAACGCUACUGCCUGAACUUUUUUUUAGCCCUCCCCCAAUCUGUAUGUAUCACUAAUGUCUCUGUUCGAUUUGUUGCUUUAUUGCAAUGGAAUGGUAGGACCCAUUGCCUAGUAGUGAUGGAGACCGAGUUCUAAAACAGCGCAGAUAGAAAAGUGACUCCUUUCCACUCCGCUCGGUCGGUUACCGCGAGUAUAAUAACGUAAACAUAUAUCUAGAAUGGAGACUGUUGAGCAGCUCGUGUCGUUUAACCAUAUCCCAGUCCAGUUAAACGGAGGCACGCCUUGGGGGUUCACGCUGAAAGGAGGUCUCGAGCACGGAGAACCGCUCAUCAUCACUAAAAUCGAGGAAGGUGGUAAGGCAGAACAAUGUAAGAAGCUGAGAGUGGGUGAUGAACUGGUGAAUAUAAACGGAUCAGCCCUCUACGGUUCAAGACAGGAAGCUCUAAUACUCAUCAAGGGAUCCUACCGGAUACUAAAGAUCACCGUAUGCAGACGCAGUGUACCUGUGAUCAGGCCUCACUCGUGGCACCUGGCCAAGCUUUCAUCAACGGAGUCCCCCCACAGUUCUACCCCUGUCCCCCCUCCUCCUCCCCCGUCCCCCCCAUCUGCCAUGCAGCUCCAUCCUGGGCCCUACACACUACCCUGGCACUCUACAGCAGACAACAGUGAUCUGUCUAUCCAGUGGAACAAGCUCUCCAGACACUACUCUACAGACAGAAGCAGUUCCCUAAGUAGCAUGGACAGCCUUGACCCUCCUAGCAGCCAAGUGUACUACGAUUCCCAUAAUUCCCCAGUGGACCCGGCCAUCUUCAACAAUAAGAGAGACUAUGAUUACCACAAUUCACCAGUGGACCCUGCUAUAUUCAACAAUAUAAGAGACUCUGCCUAUAGCUCUUUCUCAGCUAGUUCUAAUAUGUCAGACUAUACUGUCUCAUUAAGGCCCGGUGAGGCCUGUUCUAUGGAGAAUAUCCUCCGAAGCCUUGGGCCAGGGGGACCCGCCUGCCGGGUUUAUGCCUGUGGCAAUGCACCAUCCCUGGGGAGGGAGUCAGGCGAGGCCCAGGAUGAGACCGGUACCUCAACCCUACUACUAAAGUCGAGGUCGCUGACCAGGCCAAGAGUGAGGCAGCCAGAAGCGAAGGAGAGACCAUCUUCGUACUGUUUUGAAGAGGAGAGGAGAGAAGGGAGAGGGGAGAAGGGUGGAGGAGGAGGGAAGAGGGGGGUUUCAAUUCCCCCCCUUCCCCCAACCAGGAAGGACAGUUUUAGGGCCACGAGGGGUCGCUUGGGGAUUACAGAUGUCAAAGAUCAACGAUGCAUCUCUGCCCCCGUCGGAAUUCCCAGCCUCUUCAGUUGCCAUGUCGAGGACGAUGACGACGAUCCUCAGAAUGUUCCUGGUGUUCCGGUUAUUCUCAGCUGGAACGGCUAUCCCGCUCCCUGCAAGGUGGCAGAGGGAGACAUGGGAAAUGGGAAAAAAAAUGGGGUUGGGAAUUUUAAAGGAGAUUCUUUGGAGCAAUACUACACCCUCAUCUCCAAAAAAAAAGAUACCCUUGUGAAUAAGAACUCAGGGAUCCAGGAGAUCCACCCAGACUCCCUCCACCUCCCUGCCCUAGAGAUAAGCUCCUCUUCCUCAAUCCCCGGCUCCAGCUCCCUACCUCCAGACAGCUCCAUAGAUCCAGACCCCCCAGGUGAAGCCAACCACCUCCUCCCCCAGAACAAGCACUGCUCAUCAGGUCUCUACAGACAAAGCGUCCCUGAGAAACUCUUAUCGCAGCUACGUCAUCUAGAGUUUUCCAGUGACUCUUCGGACCAUAGCUCCGUCUCCCCCUCCAGCUCCCAGUGGUCUCGCUCCCCCCUUAAUCCCCCCAGGGAGGACCUAGGAGGGGAUAUAGGGAGUCACGACACCUCCCUCCUCCUCCUCCAGCAGAACACGGGGGAGUGGGAACAAAGGAGUCAAUGCUCUACCCCAGGAUUGGUGGACAUUGAUGGGAUUGGGGAGGCAGGAGAGGUGAGUGUGGUGGUUUGGGAGAGUAGGGAGGUGGUGGCGGCUGCUGGUAGUCUCCUCUCGCCCAUCCAGGUCCAACACCCCUGGGGUAGGCCGGUGAGUCUUCCAGGGUCAGGGGAGCCCUCUGGAGAUUGUACACAGGGAGAGGUGAGCUCUGAGCGGAUUUGGGAGACCGACUUUGGGCCUCUCAGUGCUGCAGCCAGUGUAGACAGCCUACUGGAGGGGAGUCAUAGAGGAGGAGGAGGAGGAAGAAGGGAUGAUAAUGAAGGAAAGGUGCUGAUGAAGAAACCCAGGAGUCACCGUUCGUCCCGGGCACGCCGUCGCAGCGAACGCUUCGCCACGAACCUCCGUAACGAGAUCCAGCACAAGAAGGCCCAGCUGUCCAAGAGUAAAGGCCCAGGAGGGUUACUCUACAGCGGGGAGACAGUUGAGGAAGAAGAAGGUCCAGACCUGGAAAUCCAGGACCUCGUGAGGAAAGAGGCUGAGGAUGUUGAUCUGCCUGCCAAGGAGAGCAGCUCCCAAGGCGUGUACACCUGUUCCGACAUCAGCCUCUCAGCUCCAGCUCCUGGAGGUCUGAACAGACUAUCCUCUUCUUCCACCCUCCAGCUCCACCAGCCGUCCCUAGCCCCAGUUUCAGCUCUACAACCCCCCAGGGAUGAAGAACCUGAACCACAAGGGAAGCAAGACCAAGCUACAGACUCUUCCAGGACACCCCAGAGGUCCGUCCCAAACUUGCCCAGCUGGGGUAUGGGUAUCCAGGUCGUGGAGGAGCUAGCUCCAGCUGGUAAGUCCCGCCGAUGGAGAUGGACACCCGAACAUAAACUCCAACCAGAAAUUGACACUGACCGACGGGGGGAGAGGGUCAGAGUGGCCUUGGGGGUGUCAGGACGAGGGAGGGCAUCCUCUGCUUCCUCUUCUUCUUCUACCACUUGUUCUUCCCACACUGAGGAGUCUGAUAUUCUACCUUUCGCGGACCGCUGUAAGUUCUUUGAGGAGACAAGCAGGAGUAUAUUGGUGUCAAAUUUGCCAAGUCUGACGAGACGACGGCAGAGGCCAGAUAGACAUGAGAGGCAGCCUCAUCUGUCGAUGCUGGAGAACCAAAGAGGGGGCUAUGGACAGGGACAAGCCCAGAGGAGGUACUCUUACCAGGGUGGAUUCGAGCGAGAAAGUCCCCUUUUGAUUAAUACCAUGGAGGCCCGGAGACAAUCGGUUAGUGGGAAUAGGGAGAGAGAAAAGGAGAGGGAGAGAGAGAAGCAGAGGGAAAAAGAGAGGGAGAUGGAAAGGGAGGUAAGAGCAAGAGAGAGGGAAAGGGAAAGGGAGCUGGAGAUGGAGAGAGAAAGGGGGAUAGAGAGGGAACAAGAUAGUGAGAUGGAGAAAGAGAGACAAAGUGAGAGAGAAAGGAAAAGAGAGAGGGAGAGAAAGUCACUCAGUUCAGCUCAGGAUCUUUUUGCCAGUCAAUCCCAACCCCAUGCCUACCCCCAGACCCACUCCCAUCCCCAAACCCAGAUGGAGGCCCCUCGUUCAGCCUUCCACCCGGUCAACACCGCUCUCCUCCAGGAUAACCAGGCUCUUCACCAGGGGUAUCCACCACAGAGCUACACACCAACAGAGGCGUAUCCUGCUGCGUCUCGACCGUUACCGUGGGAACAGACACAGAUCAACAGGAAGUUCAGCCUGACCGAGAGGGACUACACCCGGUACAGACGUGAUUCAUCCACCGGGCCACCAAAUUGUACUAUAACAGUAACACCUGACUACCACCACCACCAGCAAGUCUCCCAAAGUGGGGGUUGUUGUAAUGGCUUGCUGUCUGCCUGUAGUGUGGACGAGGAGGACCUUCACCAGACGUCUAUGGUGGUUAACCCUACAUCAUAUUCAUCUUCAUCACUACUACGAAGCAGGGCCAUGUCCGAGAACGAUCUACACUUUGGCUCCACCCACCGCCGUACUUCACCCUCGGUUGCUAUGGCGACACCACUGUCUGAGCUGGAGGAGGGAGGCGGGAUCGAAGGGGGAAGAGUGGGAGGAAUUAGGGGAGCGGCUAACAAAAAUAAGACUCUACCCCCUCCGAGGCCACCUCCCCCCAAAUGGGAGCAGUUCGACCGCAGGAGAGCCUCCCACCACCUCCCUCCUCUCUUCUCCACCUCUGUUUCUUCAUCCAUCCAUCCAUUGGUAAACCCCACCCCCCCUCCUCUCCCUCUCAUACCACCAGAGGGUCCCACCUCUCACCCUUCAUCUCACCCCUGUCACCCUGAAAAGAGUGAAAUGACGCGUCAGCGCUCCUACAGCCUCCCGCCCCAGAGGGAGGAGCUAGAGGGGUGCCAGCGCUGCAUCAGAAGCCAAGUCCAGGAAUGGCGCUUUUCUCAGUCUCCGCCUAGUCCAGGGUUCACACACACGGCCUUCCGGCCGGUGGCCCCGCCCCAAAGGGAUAAAGACACUCCCCCGCGCUACAACGACACACUGCCGCCAUCAGAAAGCUGUGUCAGGUUGUACAACAUGGUUGACCAAGAUUGUCCUGCCUUAUUGAAGCCUAUAUCUCAUAGACAGCAGAGGGCCAGGGCUGAGUGGGAGAGAACUCCGUCUCCCAGAGUGCAUAGCUUCUCAGGUCAACUCACCAUAGAGAAUGGCGUUAUCUCACCAGAGUCCUACUUCGCUAUGAGCUAUGAACAACAACAACAGUUACAGCAGAAUAGAAGAUUGCGGAACCACCCCCACAACAACAACGACAAGUCGGAAUUGGAACAUGAAUUCUUGGAACUGGAACCGGAACCGGAAUCCGAUUUCGGCCCGAGCCCCGCCCAGAGCUUGGAACAGGAAGUGGACAUCCCCAUGGAAACGGACAUCGACGACUCCCAGGAGGAGGGGCUUCCAGAGGAUGAAGAGCCAAUCAGGACAGAGCUACAAGGUUUCGCCCUGCCGGUUACGGUGCUGGAGACGGACAUCGACACGCUCCCUGAUCAGGAGGCCUUGCCAGCGGGUAGGAUGACAGUGGAGAAUGGGUCUCUGGAUGGAGAAAUGGAGGACCAGGGGAUGAGGACCAGAGAGGAACUCAUGGAGGAGCUGUUUCCCCAGAGCAUUGAGGGCGAGGCAGGCACAGAGAGCUGGAGAGGGGCCUACCGUAGCCCCAACCUGGAGCACAAUACAGACAGUCUGGAUAGGCGUUCUGGUGCCAGCUCCAGUUGUUCGUCCUACUACUCUACCUCAGCAGCCAAAGCUCAGCUCCUCACUCAGAUGAAAGACUACUGCUCAGACACUAGAGACACUGAUGAUGAUGAUGAGGACCUGUCUUACAAGAGACAGUUGAUGGAGAGUCUACGUAAGAAGCUAGGAAUUCUGAGAGAGGCACAGAGAGGUCUACAGGAGGAUAUACGGGCUAACGCACAGCUGGGAGAGGAGGUUGAAAGCCUGGUGCUAGCGUUCUGUAAGCCCAAUGAGGUGGAUAAGUUCAGGAUGUUUAUCGGGGAUAUGGAUAAGGUGGUCAGUCUGCUUCUGUCUCUCUCCGGGCGGCUACUUAGGGUUGAGAGCUCACUGGACAACCUGGAGGCCGAGACUGGACACUAUGAGAGGCUCCCCCUCCUGGAGAAGAAGCGUCAGCUCCUGGUGCAGCUGUCAGAGGCCCAGGACCUCAAAGAACAUGUAGACCGAAGGGAGCAGGUUGUGGGAAGGGUGCUAAGACGAUGCCUCUCCCAAGAACAGCACCAUGACUACAGUCAUUACGUCAAGAUGAAGGCAGCAUUGCUGGUGGAACAGAGGCAGCUGGAGGACAAGAUCAGGCUGGGAGAAGAGCAGCUAAGAGGGCUACGGGAGAGCCUAGGGAUGGGAUUAGGGAUGUCCAUGGGAUAUGGGCACUACUAAACCCCAACCAAGAGACCUGAAAGCUGGGCAGAUGGAUGGGGUAUUGACACUAUUGAGAGAAAGUGAUCAAGGACAGUUAGAGCAGUUAAGAACCUUAAGGGAGAGUCUGUGUUGGGGAUGUCCAUGUUGAUGGGGUAUGGACACUAUUGAGAGAACUAACACUUAACUUAAAGGUGAAUUUUGCUUCUUUUUUUUAUAAACAACUCUCUAUUCCAGACACUUUUUUUGCGAUUUCACUUGUUUUUGAGAAACUUACCCCAACCAGUGAUUCACUUCCUCAUUGUUGUUGUGCAGUACGGCGGCUCUGAAAAAAAACGGGGGCUCUGAACAAACAUGAACAAAUGUUCCAAAAACACCCAAAUACGUCCUUUUAGAAAUGAAAACACACUGAGUUUAGUGAUGCAGGUCUUUAGAUGUUGUACAUGUGAAAUUGUGUCAUUUCGAACUUUAUCCACAACGUUAUAUUCCAUUUUGUGUGGAAAUACAUUUCUGGUUGGGGAAAGUUUCUCAAAAUCAAGUGAAAUUGCAAUAAAGGUGUAUUGACUCUUCUAUGACAUGCCAUUUACAUCAAAAUAAUAUUUUAUUGUAAAAAAGCACAUUUCUCCUUUAAGGAAACUUUAGAGACGAGUUGAUGGUUUUAGGGAUGGGCUGGGGGAUGUAUAUGGGAUUAAUUCAUUAUUGAGUGAAAACCACCCUACCCAGGGAGACCCUAGAGUGGGGCAGAUGGGCUUAGGAAUGGGGUUAGGGAUGGGGAGAGCCAUGGAAUGUCUAUGGUGUAUGGGCACUAUGGGGAGACAGGCAACCUACACAAGGAGACCCUAGAGUGGGGUACAUUAGCAUGGGGGGUAGGGUAUGGACACUAUUGAGAGAGAACCAACCCAACCUAAGGAGAGCUAUAGAGUUUAGGGUUAGGGGUAGAGUGGAGGGAUGUCCAUGAAGUAUGGGAAUUGUAGGGAGACAGCCAACCCACACAUGGGUGCCCUAGAGUUGGGUAAAUAGGGAUGGGGUUAGAGUUGGGUGAUGGGACAUGGGCACUACUUCCUAAAACACAAUACUUUUCCUGACACCAACAGUGUGUUAACAGAGGUGGCCAUUAAAACCCCACAAGAGAAUGCAUAUUAAGGCUGCACUUGGCAGUAUUUGUCCGUUAAGAAAUACACACCUACUCUUUGGUGUUAGACACACGGGUACACCCAAGAGUAACAGCUAUCGUUCACUUACCAACCGUAACAUCACAAUCGCAUACUCCAUGCACAACAAAACGAGGCCAAAGAAUACGCUGUUGUUUAGUGUGUGUGUUACUGAACAAGACUGGAGAAAGUAUGUAUUUAUUAUUUAUAUCUCUGUUGAGCAAUACGGACAGGGAGGAUUUGGGGUGCUAGACGAGAGCAUUUUCAUGAAACUGUUGGGGAGUGCAUUGAAUACAUAGAAAUGGAUAGAAGGUGCAUGUGCCAAAAAGCUGCCCAUGCUAUCACAUCAAACAUUAUUGCAAAGAAAAGCCCUCUAUCCAAUUCUAUGAUUGCAUGUAUUCUAUUACAGUAAUAUGUCCAGAAAUGGAGAGAGACAGCCGCUUCUCUCCACUCUCAUAUAACACUAUACUAGCCUGAGUGCCAGUCUGUUUGUGCUAUCAUGUGCUAUCAUGCUAACUCCUUAAUGGUUAUGGCUUGACAUGUUUGGCUUGACAAUGACGGCGAUGGAGUUUGCCAAGAGCGCAAACAGAUUUGGGGCCUGGAAACCCCUAUACUCCAUAAUGGCAUCACAUCACUCCUUAACACUACACUACCACACCACGCCUUAGAUUGUGUAUAUUGGUGUAGUGUGAAGUUUCCCCUAGACACUGAUCCUGGGUCCGUUUUGCAUUUUCCCCACUAAUGGUUAAGGUUAAAAUAGGGGGAGGCGAAGCUGAUCCUAGGAAAUUUCUUGUAGCCCUAAAAUUACCACACCAUGUCUUGUGUGUCUAUGCAUUCAUCAUUAUUGUGUGUAUUAAAUGUUGUGUAUAGAAGUGAUA